CACAUAAUGCCGCUCACACAUAUUAAUGUCAAUGUGUUCGCUUCAUAUUUAAGCGUUAAAUUUCUAUCGUCUAAAAUAUAAUGUAAAAGAAAAAUUGUGCUUAAAUAUAGUUCACAAAAAAAAAUAUAGUGUGAAAAGUUACAAUCUUCAGAUUGAUGUAAUUGGUAAAUCUCAUUAGACUGAAAAGUUCCAUUAACUUUUCAUAAUGGCUUUACCAGCGAAUUAUAAACAAGUGUCAAUGACUACGCCUACCAUUGUUUCCACGAAUCAACGAGUUCGUGCUUCUGGUGGAACAAGCAGCAGUUCAAAUUCAAGUAAAGAUGCACAGAGUCCUUUUAUUCAAACACCUCAUGGACAUCCAGGUUUUACUCCUCAGAAAGUCGGAAAAAAUACGGCUGCCGACUCAAGGACUCCUAAACCGCCGAAACCUCCAGAGAAACCACUUAUGCCCUACAUGAGAUACAGCAGAAAAGUAUGGGAUCAAGUAAAAGCUCAACAUCCCGAGUUAAAAUUAUGGGAAAUAGGAAAAAUUAUCGGACAAAUGUGGAGAGAAUUGCCAGAAGUUGGAAAGACAGAAUUCAUCGAAGAAUAUGAAAUAGAAAAAGUUGAAUACGAAAAGAGUUUGAAAACUUAUCACAAUUCUUCAGCUUAUUUAGCUUAUAUUGCAGCUAAGAAUCGUGGAAAAUCUGCAUUGUGUGCAGCGCAGCAGAACAAUGAUGAUCGCGAAAGUCAUGAUCGCUCUUCUGGAAGCAGUAAAAGUCAAGCAGCUCAGGAUAGACGAAUUGAUAUUCUACCAGCUGAAGAUGAAGAUGAUCAAGAUGACGGAUACACGGUGAAGCAUGUGGCUUACUCUCGCUACACCCGUAAUCAUCGACUUAUCAACGAAAUUUUUAGUGACACUGUGGUCCCCGAUGUGCGAUCCGUUGUCACUACUCAUCGAAUGCAAGUUCUUCGUCGACAAGUUCAAUCGCUCACAAUGCAUCAGAAAAAGUUGGAAGCAGAACUUCAACAAAUUGAGGAAAAGUACGAGGCAAAAAAGAGAAAAUUCAUUGAAGCAAGUGAGGUGUUUCAAGAGGAACUAAAAAGGCAUUGCAAACCUGCGGUGGAUGAGGAAGCAUUCAACAAAAUGGUGGAACGACAAUAUGAUCUCCUUCGACGUGAUCGAUUAAAAGGUACAGAAGAGAAUCGAUCCGGUGAUCCAGCAUCUAGUGAAUCAACGCCAACUUCAACUCCCACACCGACACCGGCAACUGUAGCUGAAGAAUCUACAGUAGAUCAAACUGAAAAUGAAUCAACGGACAAGAAGAGUGUUGAGUCUGAAAAAUCGGAGCGAAAGAAAGGCACACCAUCGCCACCAUACAUGGAAGUAAAAACUGAAAUGAAUACGCAACCAACUUCACAAUCAAGUUUUCCAAUUGCUCCCAUGGUUCAAACACUUCAGCAACCAUCACAAAUGACUCAUCCCAAUUCACAUCCUCAAGGCCAUAUGCCACCACAAAAUCAGGCACAAAUGGUUCCGCCUCAUCAGCAACAGCAACCGCAUCAAUUACAACCACCUCAAGCAAUGCAGCAACAACCAUCACCGCAAAUGCAGCAACCAUCACCUCAGAUGCAGCAACCGUCAUCGCAGAUGCAACAACCGUCACCGCAGAUGCAACAAGCAUCACCGCAGAUGCAACAACCAUCGUCACAGAUGCAACAAGCAUCAUCACAGAUGCAACAACCAUCACAAAUACAACAACCAUCAUCACAGAUGCAACAAGCAUCACAAAUACAACAACCAUCGUCACAAAUGCAACAACCAUCGUCACAGAUGCAACAACAAUCACCGCAGAUACAACAACAAACACCGCAGAUGCAACAGCAAUCACCACAAAUGCAACAACAACCGCCAACACCGCAACAAAUGCAGCAACAACCGCCGCCACCACAGCAGAUGCAACAACAACCACCACCACAGCAAUUGCAGCAACAACAACAACCAUCGCAGCAAAUGCCCCAACAACCAUCGCAAAUGCAACAGCAACCAUCACCGCAGCAGAUGCAACAACAACAACAACAGAUGCAAUCCCAACAAAUACAGCAGCAGCAGCAACAACAACAACCACCUCAGCAAAUGCAACAGUCACAAUCGUCUCAACAGAUUCAACAAUCGCUGCCUCCACAACAACCACCGCAGCAACCACAACAACAAAUACCAUCUCAACAAACAUCCCAGCAGCAGGUUCCUCCAGCACCCCAGCAAUCUCUCCCACCGCAACCACCACCACAACAAAUGCAACCACUACCACCUCAGCAACCCGUCACAACAACAACCGCUCCAGCUCCUCCCACACCCACUCCCCCUCCUCCAUCAUCAAUGCAACAUCCUCCACAUCAACCACCAGGACUAAUUCCAAAUCACUCCAUGCCACCUCAUCCACCUGGUCCUCAAGGAGCGCCUCCAGUUAUUUCCACUGCAGGCGCGCCCUCAACACCUCACGCCGGACCCAUGAUUCCCCCGAAUCAACCAUACGGACAACAAUAUCCUCCCGGUGGUCAACAGGCACAGAAUGUUCCUCUUGCACCCAGACCACCGCAUCCUUCCUACGGCUACUCGCAACAACAGCCCUAUCAUCAACCCUAUCCUCAAUAUCCUCAUCCUUACUAUCAUCAACCCUACUCCCAAUAUCCUUCGCACGCCAUGGGACGUCCACACCAUCCUCACAGUCCCUAUCAUCCUCAAUCGUCUCACGGUGUCGCCGACAGCAGUGCCGCCAACAAUCCAGCAAUGAGCAAUGCUUCAGGACCAAACGCCGAUGGUGGAAAUCCCAAUUAUUCAGGUCCAAUGCACAAUGAUAAUGAAAGACCAAUUCCACCCGAUGGUCCCGGCGAUGGACAAUCGGACGGUAAAUCUAAUUCUUAAAUUGCUUCAAUUUUCUUUCUCUAUUGCAUUUUUUUAAUAGUUCGAAUUGUAAAAAUUAUCUCAAUUUUGGACAUGAAACAAAAAUUGAAAAUUUUUAAAUAAUCGAUUCAUUUUUUUUCAAUAAUAAUUAAUAUUAAAUAAUAAUGACAAAUCAUUUUCAGUAAUUCCAAAAUAAAGAUAUUUACAAGCGAAGAAAAAUUUUAAAUCAUUUUGAUUUCUUUUAAAUCAAAAUCCUCAUGUCUGAAUUGAAAUCAGUUUUCGAGAUUUUUUUGUUUGCAUUGUGAGACGAAAAUUCAACUAUCAAUAAUCUAGAAAAUUAAAUGUAUAGAUUUAAAAAAAAAAGUAUAUUGGGUAUAUAAAGAUUUUCUGCUGGGUUUUUGUUUUCAAUUUUUGCUUUCAAACUUCCAUUAAUUUUUAAUAAAUAAUUUUAAUUUUGUGAUAAAAAUUCUUAUCACUUUUUUUUGUAUUUGAUUAAGUAACGCAACGUUUGUGAAACAUUGUAAUGAAAUUAAUGAUGAUGAAAUUUAUUUUGACGAUAACUCUUGAAUGAUUAUUGUUUCUCUUUGAAUGGAAUAAAAAGUGGAAUGAAAUUUAGUUUUCUUUUUUUUAUUAUUAUUAUAAUAUAAGAAAACUAAUUCUAACAAUCUGUGUGUAAUCUAUAAAAACAUGUUUUCGCAUAAAAAAAAUGAUGUGUUUAAAAAAUAAGAAUAUGAGGAUACAAUUUCAAAAUAAAAAAAUUUUAUUAAUCUUCUGAAA